AUGUCAGCUGAGGGAGACAUGGGAGAAGAGAUGGGAUGGGGAAAGUUGGAAGAAGGGUGGAGGAAGGGCCCCUGGACUGCUGAAGAAGACAGAUUGCUCAUUGAGUAUGUCAAGUUGCAUGGUGAAGGCAGAUGGAGCUCUGUCGCUAGGCUUGCAGGUUUGAAAAGGAAUGGAAAGAGUUGUCGAUUGAGGUGGGUGAACUAUUUGAGGCCAGACCUCAAGAGGGGGCAGAUCACCCCACAUGAAGAGAGUAUCAUUGUGGACCUGCAUGCUAGGUGGGGAAACAGGUGGUCAACAAUUGCAAGAAGCCUGCCGGGUAGAACAGAUAAUGAGAUAAAAAACUACUGGAGGACCCACUUUAAGAAAAAGGAAAAAGCUACUUCAAAUGAUUCAGAAAAGACAAAAAAUCGUCUUUUAAAAAAACAAAAAUUUCAGCAGCAGCAGCAGCAGCAGCAGCAACAACAACAACAAUUUCAACAACAACAGUUCAACCAAGAGGACAUCCAAAAGUUCAUGUCUUUACUUGACGAAAGUGAAGAUAAGGUGGACCAAGUACUCCAAGAGCUGACUCUACCUCAAAUAGGGCAAGAGAUCACCACCAUGUACCCCCAUCCAAGUGCCGAACAAGGUUUCAUCUAUCCAAUAUUCAAUGGCGAAUUGCUUCUUCCAGAGACCACAAAUGAUGAGGACAUUCUAUGGGAUGGUUUGUGGAACUUGGAUGAUAUCCAUGGCAAUCCUACUGCAGCUUGUGUGACAAGCAAAGCUAGUUUGCACAGCUUAGUCACCCCCUUCUAG